CACAGGCCACGACUUGUGCCGCAUCUCCUCCUGGCUUCAUCAAUACACCCCACCCGUCCCAAAUGGACUGCAUCACACAUCAGAAGGCAAUCAUCUUGUGGCCAGUGACUUGUCACUAAUUGUUCCUGGCGUUGCUGUUACCCUCUCAAAACUCAAAACUCCACCAAACACCUAGGAUUUAUUUAUAUGCUAUAAUCAUGACGGCUAUCAUGGGAAACGCUACAGCUUGGCUGUUGUAUAAUCUCGAGCAGUUGCAAAUACGAGCAAAUCAAGACUACGACCCCCAGAAUCAGUCACCGCUCUUCAAUAAGCUCCCAGCCGAGUUGCGGAAUUCGAUAUUCGCUCUGGCUGUCACCGAGGAAGAAGAUCUGUCGAGACCAUAUGAUCGAGAAACGUACUAUUGGAGGCCCGGUUUUCGUGGUCCACGCAGAUUUAAUGUUACGUUACUCAGAACCUGCAAACGCAUUUGGCUAGAGACUCGGCCACUGCCUUUAAUACUCUUGGAGAACUUACCCUGGGCAUUCUUUUUGACUGAUCAGAAUCGAAGGCCGAAGGAGUGUCAGAACAAGGGGCCACGCCAGUCACUGCGAGCUGAACAGCUUCUCACGAGCCAAUGGCAAGCGCUAAAAACCAUCCAGAUCUUCAUUCAGGGUAUUACUAAAUCAAACAUUGAGGGAUUCUUUCAAGAGCCGCUUCUCCGGCCAUCUACAAUCAUCCUUACAGUUCGAUAUACCGACUGGCUUUGGUGGGAGACAGAGGAUCCGUUGGAACUCGACGGCCGUCAGAUGCGGUGGACUAGGCUCCCAAAUUCCGUCACUAAAGUAAUCAUGGAGUUUGAGAUGAUACAGUCGCGUGAGCAAGAAUUGAAGAAUCUCUUCGCCAAGCUAUGUCGGCACGAAGAGAGAUACCGCUGGUACCGCCAGGACCGCAAGCAUCUGAAAAUCAUGCAUCGUGAAGAUGCCUGGGCAUAUGGCAAAGAGUGGAAGUGGGAUGGGCCAACGAAGUUCGAGGGGAAAACUUUCGCGCAUCACCCUCCUGGUGAUACGAUGACUUAUAUAGUUAGAUCUAUAACAUGGAGUCGAGAUAAGGAUGCCAACCCUUGACGAGGUAUUUUGGUGCUGGAUCUCUCACAUUAUUAUCAGGUAAUAAUUCCUUGGUACAUCUCGAAUAGUUUCUUUGAUCAGUUUUGCAUUGAUAUCUACUCUCAAUCUGUCACACUUUUCACCAGUGUUGCUGUAAACUUACUAUUAUUUCAUUUUCUGCUCAACAUUCUUACUAGUGGAUGAGAUAAGCUUGGCUCAACUGUUGGGAGUGGCUCAACUCAACUAUUCAGGUAGAAUUAUGUUCUAUGUUUUU